GCCUCUCGUCUCCGCUGGAAUAAUUAACCAGCCCUUUGACGGAAGCGGUACGUUUUUAUUUCCGACAGAAAUUUCUUUUUAAAGGAGCUUUAAAAACGGCGAAGUGACAGCGGACGGGCUGCUCCUUUAAUGUGAAAGGAGGCAUCAGUUCGAAGGGCACUAAGGAAAACAAAAACGCCCGCUAGCCUAAACACCGAAGUGGAGAGAAAAAAAGAAGCGCUGUCAUCAUUCCACUGAAGAUUAGAAACCAGAACAAUCGGCUGCUCGAUGGGGAUUAAAAGAAGAGCUCCCACUUGCGUCUCCUUAAGACCUGCUUGUUGCCAGUAUUCUCUCUUCAGCUUCUCUUCCUUAGAAAUUAUGAAACUUGUAUUAACUGAAUGGCAAUUAUUAUGGAUUUUUAAUUGUAGUAGACAGUAAAACCCAUGUUUAAAAGCCAUAUGUGUUCAUUUAUCACUACCAAAUUCUUCAUGUUUCAACACAAUUUUAUAAAAAUCUCUACUGACAUCAAGGAGUACAAUCACAAAGUUUUUCAAAUAGUUUCUUGGGAGAAAGACGAGAUACAUGAAGACUAAAUACAUAAAGGCACACGAAGAAAACUACAAGGCCACACUGUGCAAUCUUUAAAAAAUUAUCUCAAGAGAAUAUUCAUAAAUUAUAUAUGUAUAUAGAAUAAAAGUUAUUUUAAAAGAGCUCUAUAUUUUGUAUGCGGAAAACAAUGGCUCCACAGAAUACUGAUCAGGAUGCUAUACAAGUGAAUGAUUUAUCACUUACCCAGCUGAAAAAGCAAAAGCCAAGUGAUGGAAAAGAGAUUGAUAGCCAAGAUGAAACUGUGAGUGAAGGCUCCAUUGACCGGAUACCACUGCAGAGGUGGGUGAUGCACGGAGCAGUGAUGUUUGGACGAGAGUUCUGCUACGCUAUGGAGACUGCCCUUGUCACACCUGUGUUAUUGCAAAUUGGUCUUCCAGAGCAGUACUACAGCCUGACAUGGUUCCUUAGUCCUAUUUUGGGUUUGAUCUUCACUCCUGUCAUUGGCUCAGCAAGCGACCGCUGUACCUUGCGAUGGGGCCGCAGGCGGCCAUUCAUCCUUGCACUCUGUGUUGGAGUCCUUUUAGGAGUGGCACUUUUUCUGAAUGGAUCUGUUAUAGGUUUAGCUAUUGGAGAUAUUCCAAACAAGCAACCCAUUGGAAUUGUUCUUACAGUGUUGGGAGUGGUGGUGCUGGAUUUUUGUGCAGAUGCUACUGAAGGUCCUAUUCGGGCCUAUUUGCUGGAUGUGGCAGACACUGAGGAGCAAGACAUGGCCCUUAAUAUCCACGCUUUCUCAGCAGGUUUAGGAGGGGCUGUAGGAUAUAUGCUGGGUGGUUUGGACUGGACUCAAACAUUUCUAGGUCACAUUUUCAAGUCUCAAGAGCAAGUACUGUUCUUCUUUGCUGCUAUCCUGUUUACAGGGUCUGUGGGACUGCACCUUUUUAGUAUUGAGGAGCAACAAUACAGUCCACAACAGGACCGACUGGAUGAAGAGGCAGACACUGUGUCUCCAUCUCAGGCCAAUGGAGGUAUGGCUGUCCCUGCUUUGCCACGUUUGAACAUUAUAGGAGAGGAAGAGCCCUACAGAUACUUUGAAGUGCGUUCAGAACACAAUCUAGACUUGGAUUUUCUUGAAGUGGAAAUUGUCCGUAGCAAGAGUGAUUCUGUACUUCAUGUGGCAGAUGCUACAUUAGACAUGGAGCCUGAUCUGCAGUUCCUGUAUGAGAUUGAGCCAUCUAUCUUUCAGGAUCACUUAUCCUCUUACCACAGCACUCCACAUCGUCGUAGUAGCAGCAUUAGCAGUCGGGAUCUACUACAGGCUAAAUUCCACCGUUUGUCAGCUUUUCUCCAUGAAAAUGAAAAGGAUGGAGAAGAAAUGCUUCUAGAUAAUCAGCUCAAUGAAGCCAAGGCUCCUAUCAAUGGCAAGGAAAUUUCUGAAACAGCUAAUGAUAAUGGCAUUAAUGGUGGACUGACCCACAUUGGCAUGAAACAGUCAAAUACAUCAGCAUCUAUGCGCCGACGUCGACACAUGUUCUAUCGCCAGCCAUCAUGCACUUUCUCCUACUAUGGCAAAGUUGGCUCACACCGCUACCGCUUUCGCAGAGCUAAUGCUGUUGUCCUUAUAAAGUCUUCUCGCAGUAUGAAUGAUAUUUAUGAUAUACAGAAGCGUCUGAAGAAGCAACGGCAAAGACAGCGCCACCAGAGUGGGAAUACUAAUUCUAGCGGAGACACAGAGAGUGAAGAAGGAGAGACUGAAACCACUGUGCGUCUACUUUGGCUUUCAAUGCUCAAGAUGCCGCGUGAAUUAAUGCGCUUGUGCCUUUGCCAUCUUCUAACCUGGUUUUCAAUCAUUGCUGAAGCUGUUUUCUACACUGACUUCAUGGGUCAAGUCAUUUAUGAAGGGGAUCCAAAGGCAUCCACCAAUUCCACAAAGCUGCAGAAUUAUCAUACUGGUGUUCAGAUGGGAUGUUGGGGGCUGGUUAUCUAUGCUGCUACUGCUGCUAUCUGUUCAGCUGUGUUACAAAAAUACCUUGAUAACUAUGAUCUUGGCAUUAAAGUCAUCUACAUUCUGGGAACGCUGUGCUUCUCAGUUGGUACAGCAGUGAUGGCCAUUUUUCCCAAUGUGUAUGUUUCCAUGGUGAUGAUUAGUACCAUGGGCAUCAUCUCAAUGAGCAUCUCCUAUUGCCCUUACGCACUCUUGGGACAGUACCAUGAAAUCAAAGAGUAUAUCCAUCACAGUCCUGGUAACUCAAAGCGAGGCUUUGGAAUUGAUUGUGCCAUCCUGUCCUGUCAAGUUUACAUCUCCCAGAUCUUGGUGGCAUCAGCCCUGGGUGGUGUGGUGGAGGCGGUAAACAGUGUGAGAGUCAUUCCAGUGGUGGCAUCUAUAGGCUCUUUCCUGGGUUUUCUCACCUCUGCCUUUUUAGUCAUCUACCCUCAAGAUAUGGAGGACUCAAAGGAAGAAUUGCAGAAAGCACUGACUCCGUCUGAAAGCAAAAUGAAUGACGGUGAUUCUUUAGAGAAGCCUACAGUCCUGCAGCUCAGCUGCAAGGCAUCUGCUGGGACUUCAGAAGUGCAGUGUGAAUCAACACUGUGACAUGUUACUAGGGCAGCAGACAAGGAUAAAGAUCAUUCCAGUCUCGAAAGAAAUUUGACAAAGUAAAAAUCUAUAGUAUUUGGUGAUUUACUACCUGAGAAAGAAACAAUACAAAUAAUAAUGGCAUGAUUUCCAUUCUGGUGACUUUAAUGUAGCUGCAUCAGCUAAUAUUUCUGUAAGGCAUGAUGUGUCAGAAAUAUAAUGUCAGUGAUUAAGUAAGAGAACAGUGCAUCCUACAGAGAUUGAUUGUAUAAUUACUUGCAUUUCAUACUGCUUUUUCAGUUUUUGUGAUAGCAUACCAAAAGAAAAAAGUUCUUCAAUCUAAGAUCUUUAAAAAUAAACUGGAAAAUAAUAUCUAAUGCAUGCAUUUUAAUCAAAAAUAGUCUUCAUUAACUAAUAAAUAUGGCUGUCAAUAUUAAAAGUUUAUAUUUUACAUUUAAAGUUUAAAUGUAUUUUGAAAAUGAUAAAUAUAUAUUCACAUACGUAUACAGUAUAAAUCUUUAGAAUUGUACAUAGCAUGUAUCUGGGUUUUGAAACCCUUUAGAUUGAAGAAUCACAUCCUAACAUGCUGCAUGGGAGUUCUGACUCUUACCUGUAGUCUGACUCAGGUUGCCACAUUUUACUUGGGGGUACUGGACAGUACAGAGCAGAACAACUGACUCAGCUCUGCACCCUUGGGCCUCCAUUGUAUUUUUAAAUUGAUUUCACUAAACUGUUU